UUCUCGUUGGUGCGACAGCGUUUCGUCAAUUACUCACAUACGGCCAGUGCCAGGUACCGCUACGUGAUCUGCUUGACGGCCGCAACACCAUCUGCCAGGCGCCCGUGUCGGCGUGCAUUGACCGACCAGAAGGCUCCAUUCUACUCACAAAUAGCCUCCAGUCCACGCUCUGCGCUCGCCACCUAGGGCUGUCGACUUGGAGUGUGGCCCCACUAACCCCACUGCGUCUCGUCAUCCAUAGUCGAGCAUGUUUGCAACAGACCUUCCACUGGAGAAAGAGCCCGAGACAUUCGGAGCUCGGAGAGAACGAAAAGCGAAGGAGCGAUCUGUUAGGUCACCAUCUAUCGGUGCCUCUACUACAUCAAGAAGCUCGAGAGGCUCUGCCUCGACUGAGCGUGACGCAUGGUGGCCGACGAGCUUGAAGAAGGCAAACAUCAUCAAGCCUAAAACCACACGACCUCCGUCAGGCUCCAGUCAGUCUUCGCAAAAGACUUUCCGUAAUGUUCCGGCGACAUUGGAUAUGAAAAAGGCACGUGAAUUCAAGGAUCCAGCGCUGCAACCAAGUUGGACGUAUACUAGCUCGCUUUCUGGCACUCUGCCAUCCGGAAACUCUUUACACUUGGACGAAUACCACCAGCCCUCAGAGCUCGAAGGUGAUAACUCGUCUCGACAAUCAAGCUCCAUUUCUUCACAUGCCUCGAAUGACCGAGAUGAGGCAAUGACGCCCAUCACAGUAGACAGCGACGACGCCUAUCACCUGCCAACAAUGAGUCCAGAGUCGUUUGUGACAAGCCGAAGCAGAGCGAGUUCAUCGGCAGGCGAACCCUGUUCUUCAACAUGGUCGUCUGUUCUGGACAUGAGAAGCAAGAAAAAGGCCUCUCCACAGCCAACAAAGAAAGGAUAUCCGAGACCAGAAGCGUUGGAAUUAUACGACGGUUUCCACAGGAAAAUGAGUUUGAACGACAUACGAACACCCUCUUUCGACUCGGACAUGUCCAGCAAACCUUUCUCGCAAUGGCAAUGUCUCGCUCCUCGCGAGGUACCCACGGAAAUACAGCUGAAUGCGCAAAAACAACCAUCUGCCAGCAUACUAUAUUCUCCCAAUAGCAGCUCUGUGCAGCUUACCCGAUUUCAGCGAUUUAUUCGCAGAAUGGAAUCUGCAGGCCCUAAGGUCAUACUCGAUCGACUCAAGGAAGGCUGGCAGGAGGCAACCAGUGACGGAGUUGACGAAGAGUUGAUACUCGAAAAACAGCUCUGCCUGUUGACAGGCCUCCAGAUGCAAACUGCGAGACAUGACAAGAGCACCCCUAUACCAGAGUUCAGCACAGGCAAGAUCCUAGAGCUGUACGGAAAUCUUUCGGAGGUAUACCAGUUAUCAGCAAUGCAUCCGUCGCAAAUGGUGCAUUUUCUCACCACAAAACCCCAGCGACAUGUUCCCUUGCCUGGAAAUGUGUCAUACUUGACGGUGCGCAAGUUUGGCUCAGUCCCACUGCCUUACCCGGAAGACUACUUUUCUCACAUCCGAGCGUCGACUCUGCCGUCUCUUGUGCCCUCAUCUGAACUGCCCGAGUUGUUUAGCGAAUGCUACAAGCUGCUUGCUCCUGGCGGCUUCUUAGAGAUCAGAGUCAUGGAUGCGGCCCCUGUGCGCACCACAGCCGGGCCACUGAUGCGCGCGUGGAUUGAGGACAGGCUUUCUGUCAACCUAGAGCGGCUUUUCAGAUGUUCGAAACCGUGUGCACUACUCCCCGCAUGGCUAACAGACGCCGGCUUUGAAUUGGCCGAUCAACACAAGGACCAGAAGCUAACAUUACCGUGUGCUUCUGAUCCAGAAUCUGCCAAAGUCGAUGACGAGCUCUCCACCAUCAUUGGUCGUGCCUUGUGGAAAGACAUUUGGGGAAGUUUUGUAGACGACUCUCCUGACGAGCCAAAGUGGUGGUGGGAAGACAAGGAGAUUGUGGAAGAGUGUGUCAAGCGCCAGACCGUCCUUGAGUGCAGGACGAUUUUUGCAUACAAGCGAGAGGUGGCUCCGUGAGCACAAAGGUAAUACUAACGAAGGUAUGAUGUGUGUGUGUGUGUGUGUGUGUGUGUGUGCUGGAGGUGACAUAGUUUGAUGUUUUGUUUGCGUUUGCUUUGUAUAAUAUAGAUACCCGAUGCGUUGUUGUGAACUAUAAUUCCGAGAAAGUUAUGAUCUGACUGCAACCAUGGAGUUGUCGUUGACAAACUGGGUGUAGUGGGAUGUCAGACGAUACACGGCCU